AUGCCACGCAAGAGCGCAAAGUGCCCUCUCGCGAGGACGCGAGCGAGAGAGCGACUCGGAAAAACCCAGGAGAACUCUCGGCUCGGAGAGAGAGGACGUUGCCGCCGACUGACGAGGCUGCUCCGCUGUCGAUGCACGGGCGAAGACGACCCCGUCGACGAGACGUCGCCACCAUCACCACCGAGUGUCCAUGCCAGCGCAAAAGCUCGCGUGGCCGACGCCGAGGGCGGUUUGACCGGCGGCGCCGCGGCGGCGGACGAGGCGGAUGGAACGGUUCCAUCCGCCUCGGGAACGACCACCGCUUCGGGAGGCGCCGACGAAGACCGCGAGGGCGACCGGCGGGUUCCGACGCAGCCGGAAUCCGUCGGCGUCGGCGGCGCGUGCGCCGAGUGGCGCAAGAGGGCGGCCAGUUUCUCCGGCAGCCUGACGCUGUCUCCGCAGCCCGGCAGGCACGGCGGCCUCGGAAGGAGGAAGAAGAAGCUCGCGGCUUUGACCUCGCUGCCCAACGUGGAGACGCGUCGGAUGGAGGCGAGCGUGAGCAGCGAGGAGGAGAUGGCCGGAAUUGAGAACCUUGCGUGUGGCGCCGGCCGCGAUGACGGCGACGGCGAGACUGUGGCAGGAGCUGGCGGCGGCCUCUCCAUGCCGACGAUAAACUUCAUCCCUGCCAGCCCGUCGGACGUGCUGGAAGACGACCAGUUCUUCGAGAUCAACUCGGAGGAGGAGGAGCGGGCCACGAGCCCUCCGCCGUCGUCCGACAGCGACUGCGUGGACAGCUCGGGGAGCCACGCCACGGUGGAGCGAGAGAACGCGACGGGGAACGCCGGCGACGCGGAGACCUCGGAGGCGUCGCUCACCGUGCCCGCGACGGACACGGCGGAGAAAUUGCCGGUGGCCGUGGCGCGAGACGGCGCGGAGAAGACGGCGGAGGAGGCCGAGGUGCCGGGCGGCGACCGGCACGGGCGAGUCGGCGCCGUUGAGGAUGCCACCGCUGCCACCAACGCUGCCACCACCGCUGCCACCACCAAGAAGAAGAAAAGCUUCCGUCUGAAUUCGGAGAUCGCCAACGCGCAGCUGAACGCGUUCCCGCAAACUCACCCAAGAAAAGGAAGUUUUAACGAAGGCAUAAACCUACUGCAGUUCACGGAACAGAAUCUCGAUGAAUUGAAUACAAAAGAGUGUGACAUGAGAGACCGGUUGGUUCAAGAGAUGCAAAAGCUGCACCUGCAAUCGGACUCUCUGAACAAGACAGCAGCGGACAGCGGAGUGGAGGGGAGCAGCAGCAGCAGCAGGAGGAAGGCGCUGGAGGACAUGGAGAGCGAUGACGCCUGCGCGUGGCUUCAGGCGAUGGGCAUGGAGAGGCUGGGAAUCGUCGUUAGAGGCUCGCGGCUCGCCGGGCGCCACCUGACCUCCAUGGACCCCGAGACGCUCGAGUCGCUGCAGCUGAGCACGUGGGCCGAGCGCGAGCGGCUCCUCUCGGCCCUCUACAGCGAGACGCACGCGCGGGAGGCGCGCGCCGUCGACUCGCUCCUCCAGUCCCUAAGCGGCGCGGACCUGCAAACGUUCACCGCCGCCAUCGCGGGCCUCGGCCAACCCGGGGAGAGGCCCGCGGAGGAAGAGACGCGGAGGCCGAGGAGGAGCCGCCACCCCCCGCAGGGUGACCGAGUCUCCGAUCUGCGCGGAGACCUCGCGCGGAUCCGUGCGGCCAUCGCCCAGAAGGAGGAGGACAUCGCCCGUCUGCCGAGGCUGCCUCCCGACACCGAUAGCCUGCAGGUGGAGGAGCGCGAGAUGUGGCUCCUGCAGGGCGAGAUGGAGCUGCUCGAUCUCAAGAAGGAGCUUCUCGGGGUUCGCUCGGCUCUGCAGCUCCGCAGGAUCGCGGAGGCGGCCCUGUCAGCGGGCUCCCGGAGCCACGUGACCGCCUCGUGCUUGGAGCGUGAAUGGGCGGCUGCCAGCCGCGCCGGAGAGACCAUCACAGUGACACUCUAAGUCACGGUUGGGUAUGGUGGGGGGGGGGGGGCUGUGUUCUUUCCCGAAGAUGACUUUCAAUGACACCUUAGAGUCAUCGAGUCUUCUUCUUCUUUUGUACGUCUGCUGAUGUAGAUGUAGAGCAUCAGCUACAAUUUCACAUUCAGGUGGUUAGGCCAUAAUAAUCGCGUCUGAGCAGCGGGGUGUAUCGCCAUAAUGCAAGUGUAGUGACAUAUAAUGGGUCACUACGGCGCCUCGCGCCGGUUACUGAUAGAGGGGGGAACUGAGAGUGUAGUAGCCCUCUCUGCCAGUGGGGCAUGUAAUGUCAUGGAACGGGUCCCUAAGGGGCGUAGUGCUGGUGGCGGGCAGAGAGGGGGCAUCUGAGGACGUCGCAGCCCAGUUGGCUGGCAAGGGCACGUGACAGGACAAGGUAAGGAUGUGGGUCCUAAGGUGACAGAAGGGACACGUGGGGUAUGGCCCUGAGCCUUCUGGUAGGUUCCAGAAGAGGGCGUGGCCGAGGGCGGAGCCAGGCCACGCUGGGGGGCAUAAAAGGGAGGUCCCGAGGCUGGGUUGGGGCUGUCUGCAGGAAUGGAGUCCUCCGUGCUGCGUCUUCCCCUGGGUCUCCGGUCUUCGUGCUCGGCAUCGUGGGUCAGGCAGUAUGCCGACUGUCCUGACCCUGUUUAUGUCGUUAUCCCGUUGUGGUCCAUAGAAUAAACGUGUUGCCUCCUGAGUUAGUGUGUGUCUCUCAGUGAACCCACUACACAAGUAACAAUCAUCAAGUAACUACCCGCAACAAUAUUUAGGCCCGUUUGUCCGAAUGUGCAUUCGCCUAGGGUUAGAGAACCGUCUGCAGAAGGAGUUGUGAUGGAAGAUCUUCUCAAGAGCCCGUUAGGUGAUCUCCACUCUGUCGGCAAUCACUCUCCCACACACCCUGCUGCGGAAACGUGUCUCCCGAAUGUAAUGUGAUGGGUUGUUUUUUUCGUGAUUCUUCUCGUGCCGCCGUUGGUGACCAAGGCUGAGCCCCCAUCAACUCGCCGCACUUGAGAUCCAACGCGGCUGAAACACGAGGAUUUCCAACCAGCGGUGCUAGUUCAGUGUUCUGACCCGAGCCACGAACCCCCACCUCUCCCAACCACCUCUUAACAGCGUCACUUGCGGUUUUUGGAACGCGAGUUGAUCGUUCCUCUAACUACCAUGCCCACUCUGAUGGGUGUCAGUCGCUUGGUGCACCGUAAGACAUUCUUCUGAUAGAUUGUCACUCGCUCGGUGUUCGUGAGACAUUCUUCUGAUGGAUUGUCACUCGCUCGGUGUUCGUAAGACAUUCUUCUGAUGGAUUGUCACUCGCUCGGUGUCCAUAGGAUAUUCUUCAGAUGGAUGUUAGUCGCUCUGUGUCUGUAGGACAUUCUUCAUAUGAAUUGUCAGUCUCUGAGUGCCCCUAAGACAUUCUUCAGAUGGGUGUCAGUCGCUCGGUGCACCCUUAGACAUUCUCCUUCGGAGUCACAACAUAACAGAAGCACCGAGUGCUAAAAUCAACACCACGGAGCGGUGUUGGGGGUUUUGUUCAUUGGCGUCCCCAACCAGGUGACUCGCAAUACCUGCGGGUCGCCGCGACGCGCAGGUUCAUUUCUCUGCGCAAAGACAACGCGCAGGCGACUGGCGCAGCGCCGCUGCACGGAAACACUCGGCACAACGGGCCCGCUGGUCAACCCCCGGUUAAACGUGUGUUUUAGGCGCCAUUACGAGCAAUGGCCCCUUCAUCAGGGCAAUGGAUGUGCUUGCAGUGUUAUUGGUGAAAGUGUUUGAGUUGCAUUUUUAGCGGUGCCUGCACACCGUCGCCAACGGUAAUUGCAGUGAUUGUGGAGCAUAUGGUCAUGGGAGGGAUUCAUCAUCGGAACGACGGCGAACAUAAACAUAUUUUACAGUACGUGUGUUUUUUGAGCGUGUGCCCUGGGCGUUCCGUUGCAGCAAAAUAA